GUUAUUUUAAAGAAAUUUUGUUAUAACUAUUGUUUAUAGUUUACUACGUUUUAUGCAAAGGAAUUACGCAAAUAAGAUCGUUUUGGGGGAGCUGGCGUGCUUGCUGUGAUACAUUGUUCAAUUGAAGGCCAAUCGCUGUAAGUGAGCCGCAAUCGUAUCUCCUUCUUCGCCAUGGUUGCUCCAAAAGACAACGCGCAGCAACUGCGUUACGACGGACGGGUCGUCGUGGUGACCGGAGCUGGAGCCGGUUUAGGGCGGGAGUACGCGCUGUUGUUCGCAUCGCGCGGAGCAAAGGUCGUCGUGAACGACCUGGGAGGUAAUUUCAAUGGCCAAGGCAAAUCGAACGCGGCCGACAAGGUGGUGGACGAGAUCCGUGCGGCCGGUGGUGUCGCCGUGGCGGACUACAACUCAGUGGUCGAGGGAGACAAAAUUAUCCAAACGGCGCUAGAAAAUUUCGGACGCAUCGAUGUGCUGGUGAACAAUGCGGGCAUACUGCGGGAUCGCAGCGUUGCGCGGAUCUCUGACGAGGAUUGGAACCUGAUUCAGGAUGUGCACUUGAAGGGCAGCUUUCUGACGACGCGCGCCGCCUGGCCGGAGAUGAAGAAGCAAAAUUACGGGCGCAUCAUCAUGACGUCGAGCAACUCGGGCGUGUACGGAAACUUUGGGCAGGCCAACUACAGCGCGGCUAAACUUGGUCUGGUCGGCCUAGCCAACACCGUGGCCAUCGAGGGUGCGAAAAACAACGUCCACUGCAAUGUGAUCGUGCCGACGGCCGCUUCGCGAAUGACCGAAGGCAUUCUGCCGGACAUUCUGUUCAACGAGCUAAAACCCAAGCUGAUUGCUCCGGUAGUGGCUUACCUGUGCCAUGAGUCCUGCGAAGAUACGGGAGCCAUCAUCGAGAGUGCGGCUGGUUGGGCCACGAAGGUUCACUUCGUGCGCGGCAAGGGCUGCGUGCUACGCACGGCCAUUGAUGAAAGCGUGUCACCCGAAUACGUACAGCAGGUGUGGCACCGCGUUACGGACAUGUCCGAAGCGCGCCAUCUGAACGCAAUCGGUGAAGCGAGCCUAAAUUUGGUGGGUGUGCUGGAAAAGCUGCGCGAUGGGAAAAACAACGAAAACUCCGUCACCGAAACGUUCCGCUACGGCUUCAAGGAUGCGAUCCUGUACGCCCUUGGCGUUGGAGCGUCCGUGAGUGAUCCAACUGAUCUGAAGUUCCUGUACGAGAACAAUCCGGAUUUUGCCGUGUUGCCGACAUUUUUCGUUCUGCCGGGAUUGCUGGCUGUGAUGGGAUCGAGUCUGACCGCGUCCGCUAUCAAACACACUACGUUUGACCUUACGAAUAUCCUGCACGGAGAACAGUACAUCGAGCUUUUCGAGCCACCGCCAACGGAGGGUGUGCUAACGACCACUUCGACCGUGCUGGACGUAGUGGACAAGAAGUCCGGUGCGCUUGUCAUCACGCAGUCGGACUCGUACGACGAGCACGGCACGCUGAUCGCCCGUAACCAGAGCUCGACGUUCGUCGUAGGUGCCGGCAACUUCAACGGCAAAACAAAAGCCGGGCCGGAGGUAAAAGAGCUGGUACCGAAUCCGAAGCGAUCGCCGGACGCCUCCGUGCAGGUGCCAACCCACAAGGACCAGGCGGCCGUGUACCGUCUGUCGGGCGAUCUGAAUCCGAUGCACAUCGAUCCCAGCUUCUCGGCGAUCGCGGGCUACAAGGUUCCCAUUCUGCAUGGCCUCUGCACGAUGGGCGUUUCGGUGAAGGCGGUCGUGAAGCAGUAUGGCGGAGACGAUCCGAGCCUGUUCCGUGCGACUAAGGUGCGCUUCUCGAAACCAGUCCUGCCGGGCCAGACGCUCCGAGUCGACAUGUGGAAGGAACCGAACAACCGGGUGUGCUUCCGCACGGUUGUCGUGGAAACGAACACGGAGGUGCUAUCGGGUGCGUACGUGGACUUCAAGCAGAUCGUCGUGAAACCGAACAUGACUUCCGCAACCGACCUACAGAGCGAUGCCGUCUUCGCCGGUAUCAAGGACCGCGUGGCGGAGAACGAAGCGAAGGCGAAGGCCAUCAACGCCGUGUUCCUGUACAAGAUCACGAGCGGUGGCAAAGUGGCCAAGGAGUGGGUGCUCGACCUGAAGAACGCCAAGGUGUACGAGGGACCGGUGCAGAGCGGAAAGGCUGACACAACAAUGACGAUAGCCGAUGCAGAUAUGCUCGAGCUGGCUCUUGGCAAGCUGCAGCCUCAGACCGCCUUCAUGAAGGGCAAGCUGAAGAUCACCGGCAACAUUAUGCUGGCCCAGAAGCUGGCUCCGCUGCUGAAGACGGAGGCGAAGCUGUAAUACAGCUUCCAGCGCUCAGGUCGGCUGGUUGGGAUCCGUUUACCACAUCGGGAUCCGUGCGUACAUUUCCAAAGUAAUCUUACGUUUUUAGGAUGGUGAUGAACGUGUCACACACCGCGAAAGAAUCGAAGGGACACGGCAAAACGUACUCACGCAAGAACAUACUGCGCACGUCAAGCUUUCCUGCUCGGAGCAGGAGAUUGAAUGUGUGCUGCGUGACUGGACACAUUUUAUAUUUGCGUUUUCUACUGUACUCUGCACUGAUAAGCUGAUUAGCGAGCGACGAAAGCGAUGGCUUUUCGAUGCAGCAAGCAAAGUAUUUUCGUCUUUUCGUAUUGUUUUUAAAACACAUUUUCUUCUUUUACCGUUAUUACUGCGACUAAUUGGUGGUAUUGUUCAUGUUGGCAUGUUGUAGACACGAAUCACAAUUCCGGGGCUAUGGGCAAUAAAUGGAAACAAAUAUUUGUUUAUAAAAAGAUCCA